AUGAAAUAUGGUCGGGAUGAAGAAAAUGGUGGAUUAAUUUAUGGUUAUGAUCUUGAAGGAAAUUUGUAUGAUGAUGACAAAUAUUUUUGGGUACAAUGUGAAAGUUUGGCAACAACAGCUUUACUUGGUGAUAAAUUAAACGAUGAAAAAUAUUGGCGACGAAUAUUAGCAUCAACAAAUGAGAAAUAUUCUGAUGAAAAAUCACCAACUGGAAAAACUGAUUAUCAUACAAUGGGUGUUUUUGCUAUGAAGUACUCAAUGUUAUUCAUAAAGAAUAAUUCUAGAGAAUUUUUAUUUGAUAAAAUAUGA